CAGAGCCCGGAACCUUCCGCGCGCGGAACCUCGGUGCCGGAGCCGGGGCGCAGCGGACCCGGAGCGCGAUGGAGCAGGCGCGCGGGCCGCGGGCUGAGGCCGACGCGCCGGAGGAGGAGGAGGAGGAGGAGGAGGAGGGGGCGGCCAUGGCUGCCGUGGCGGCGGCGGCGGGUGGCACGGGCCCGGCCGUGUUGCAGGUGGCCGGUCUGUACCGGGGACUGUGCGCCGUGCGCAGCCGCGCCCUAGGCCUGGGGCUCGUGUCCCCCGCGCAGCUGCGCGUGUUCCCGGUGCGCCGCGGCUCUGGCGGGCCCGCGGGGGGCGCCGACGGCAGCGGGGUCGGGGCCGAGCUCGAGGCCAACCCCUUCUACGACCGCUACCGGGACAAGAUCCAGCAGCUGCGCAGGUCUGAUCCAGCUGUUUUUGAAUCCCGACUGGAAAAGCGCAUGGAGUUUCGGAAGCAGCCGGUGGGACACUCCAGGCAAGGUGACUUUAUCAAAUGUGUAGAACAGAAGACAGACACCCUGGGGAAACAGCCUGUGAGCAGAGGAUUCUCUAAGGACAAGACUCUCAGUUCAAUCUUUAACAUUGAGAUGGUGAAAGACAAAACUGCAGAAGAAAUAAGACAGAUUUGGCAGCAGUAUUUUGCAGCAAAAGAUACAGUCUACGCAGUUAUUCCUAAAGAGAAGUUUGACUUGAUCUGGACCCGGGCUCAGUCCUGUCCAACAUUUCUCUGUGCACUACCAAGAAGGGAAGGUUAUGAGUUCUUUGUAGGACAAUGGACAGGUACUGAACUCCACUUCACUGCACUUAUAAAUAUUCAGACCCGAGGGGAUGCUGCAGCCAGCCAGCUGGUUUUAUAUCACUACCCUGAACUUAAGGAAGAAAAGGGCAUAGUGCUGAUGACAGCAGAAAUGGAUCCCACAUUUCUGAAUGUUGCUGAGGCACAGUGCAUUGCCAACCAAGUUCAGCUCUUCUAUGCCACUGACCGGAAGGAGACCUACGGGUUAGUGGAGACCUUUAACUUCAGACCAAAUGAGUUCAAAUAUAUGUCUGUCAUCGCUGAAUUGGAGCAAAGUGGACUUGGAGCAGAACUGAAAUGUGCCCAGAACCAGGAUAAGACUUAAGAGCUGUGAGGGUUGGCUUAGAGCCUGCUUAGCUCUGGGGUAGUUUUCUACAGCCCACCUGCCCCUUGAACUUUUGGGAGCUUAGGAGCUAUAAGGAGCAGUCUCUAAUGGGUUGUCCUGUGUGCUUAUUGCAAGAAGUAAUCGUGGAGGUGAGCCCUAUUACUUGACAUUCAGGAACAGAGGUACCCAAACAUUCUGAUAAUUAUCUCCCAGCAUACUUAAGCUUUCCUUUUAAAGUGUUUGAGGUCAUAACCAGAGAGAGCUAAGGAUCCACAGGAUGGCGACUUGACUUUACGCAGUAUAAUAGUGCUAUGUAUCUCCUUUUGACCACAC